CAACUGCAAAAAUUAACUGAAGCUGAAUUUAUUGCGGCUUUCCAAGCCCAAGAUUUAAAAGGACACGGAGAUUUAGUGGGUCAAGUCUUUAAUCGAGGGUGGAAAAACCAUGCCGAGAUUUUUAUUGCUCGCAACUCUUCGACUGGCAAGGGAGAAUUUCAAACUUAUUUGGGAGAUAGUUCUAAUGCUAAGUGGAAUGUUUUAAGUCAUAAAUCUCACGGUCAAACUGAU